ACUCAGUCGGUCAGGCUGCGUCACGACAGCAUUUUCAGCAACAGCUGAUGCGUUGUUGGUGCAGAAUCGAGGAACGCUCGCCGUAGAGGCGUCUUAUAAUAUGCAAAAAAAUAUUUACUCGUAGAACGUUUAUCAGAUCCCGGUCGCUUAGUGUAAAUGUAACUUCAGUCGCGGCUGAUAAGUGGGUCCUCGGUGGGAAAUCAACAAGUCAGUGUUCUAUCAGUCGUUGAUGAAAAUGGCGUGUCACGUGCAGAGGAAGUUGCUUUUGAGAGCGGCCAGUUUGUGUCGGGUCAAUCCAGCGAGACGAAUCUGCGUCUCCGCGGCUCUUCAAGACAAACCCACCUUCAGCUGGGAAGAUCCGUUCGACCUGGAGUCGCAGCUGACGCAGGACGAAAUCCUAAUCAGGGAUCAGUUCCGUUCGUACUGUCAGGAGCGACUCCUGCCGCGCGUGAUCGAAGCGAAUCGCAAUGAGCACUUCGACAAAGGAAUCAUGCGGGAGUUGGGUCAGCUCGGAGUCCUAGGCUGCUCCAUAAAGGGUUAUGGCGCCGUUGAGGCGUCCUCGGUGGCGUACGGCUUGCUUGCCAAGGAAAUCGAGAGCGUCGACAGCGGCUAUCGAUCCGCGUUUUCGGUGCAGUCCUCCCUCUGCAUGGGCGCGAUUUACACGUUCGGCAACGAAGCUCAGAAAGAGCGAUACCUGCCCAAAAUGAUGUCCGGGGAAAUGAUCGGUUGCUUCGGCUUGACGGAGCCCAAUCACGGUAGUGAUCCAGGAGCUAUGCAGACAAGAGCCGUUUACGAUUCCGAAAAGAAGGUUUACAAGCUGAGCGGUAAUAAAACAUGGAUCACAAACUCGCCCGUUUCCGACGUGCUGAUAGUAUGGGCGAAAUGCGACGACGGUCAGAUUCGCGGCUUCAUCAUCGACAGGAAGGACGCCAAGGAUCGACUGUCCACCCCAAAGAUCCAAGGCAAGUUCUCCCUACGAGCGUCUGUCACCGGAAUGAUCCUGAUGGACAACGUGAUCGUACCCGAGGAGAACUUGCUGAACAUUCAGGGACUGAAAGUAAGCCGCGCGUUUCCCAACGAGCUGAUCCAUUUAUCCAUUAAUCACUCUUAUUUUGUGGAUACUACGAACAUUAAAAAAAAUUAGGCACGAUUUGGUACGAUUUUGGCAACUCUCCCAUACUUCCAAAUGGAAAUCCGAGGUUUAGUCACAAAAAGCGAUAAUACGAUAGAGACAGAUUCGAAAGCAAUGAGCGGACUAAAAAACGUUUUAUACCACAGAGUCGCGCCGGAAAUGAUCUCCAUUAUAAAGAAGAACUCAGCCAGCAAAGCGCUGGAGAUCGCGCGUGUCGCGAGGGACAUGCUGGGCGGAAAUGGGAUUUCGGACGAGUACCAUGUGAUCAGGCACAUGAUGAAUUUGGAGAGCGUGAAUACCUAUGAAGGCACAAACGACAUCCACGCGCUGAUACUCGGCAGGGCAAUCACCGGCAUUCCUGCGUUCUCGGGAUAAGUAUUCGCGGAUUUCUUAACGACCAGUCAUACGUUACUCGUUUUUACUCUCGCAUUUGUUUGAAAGCGAACCGAGCGUCUUUUUGCACGUCUUUCGCGAGUGACUGCCAAAUAAUCAAUAAAACAUGUGAUAUAUGCA